UAGUAAUCCGCCUCCAUUUCCCCCCAAAUCCUUUCCGGAUUUCUUCACAGAAGAACCCUAAUCAACUCCAUUGGCAUUCCUUCGUCUUCUCACUGUUAUUUUCAAACCUUCUUCUUCACGUUUUCUCCCACAAACUUUGACAAAGCCCUUUUGAGUUAAAAGUCGAUCAUAUAGUACUUAAAAAAAAACUUUGCUUCAAACUUUUAGAAUUGACUGCCAAAAGUAAUGCUUUAGUUCCAUUUGAGCAAAGGGAUUUGUCUCCUCUCCAUUCUCCAUGAGCGACUCUAUCAUCUCUUCUUCUUCAUCUGAUUCUGCCUCCAUCGCCACCGUCGAUCAGAAUGUAGGGAGGAAUGAGAGAAUUAUAAAUGCUGACCAAACGUUUUCUCCCGACUUGCGUCAUUGGCGUGAUGUUUUCUGGUUAGCUGUAUUUAUAAUUCAUUUGAUUCUGUUAGGGUUCUUGCUCGCUGUUCUUGGACUCAAUAGGUUCAGGACAGCAGAUAGGUUAAAUAUUGAUAGAUAUACUAAUCGGGUUUGGGAGAAUAGUAAUGGAUUGACAGAGACUUAUUGGCCCAAGUAUGCUGUUGCCGGUGGGAUUGGGACUGUCCUUGGAUGUCUUUGGUUGUUGUUGCUUGGUUCUCGUGCGAAACAAAUGAUGAAGGUUUCGGUUCACAUUUUGACUACAUAUCUUGCUGUGAUUAGUGUUUUAUGUUUCUGGUGCGCAAUUUUCUGGGGUGUGGCAUUUGCAACUGGUGCUGCGGUGCAGUUCUUGUAUGUUAUAGCAGUUAUAGACAGACUUCCAUUCACCAUGCUGGUCUUGCAAAAAGCUGUCAAAUUGGUAUGGAGUCUUCCUGAAGUUAUGCGAGUAGCAUAUGCAUUUAUGGCUGUCAUGCUUUUAUGGAUGGGAAUAUGGUCUUUUGGAAUAUCUGGUGUUGUGGCUUCAAGCAGGGGUGACCUUGGACGCUGGUGGCUUCUUGUGGUACUCUCUGUAAGCUUAUUUUGGACUGGUGCUGUUCUCUGCAAUACUGUACAUGUUAUAGUGUCCGGGCUUGUGUUUCUUGUUCUUAUUCAUGGUGGUCGAAAUGCUUCAUCUAUGCCUCCCAACUCAUUGAUGAAAUCUCUUCGGUAUGCUAUAACAACAUCUUUUGGAAGCAUUUGCUAUGGGUCACUUUUCACGGCUGCUAUUCGGACUCUGCGAUGGGAGAUCAGGGGAUUCCGGUCAAAAAUUGGCAACAAUGAGUGCUUGCUUUGCUGUGUUGAUUUUUUGUUUCAACUUGUGGAGACCCUUGUUCGAUUUUUCAACAAAUAUGCAUAUGUCCAGAUAGCUAUUUAUGGAAAAGGUUUUAACCGAUCAGCAAGAGAUGCCUGGGAGUUAUUCCAGUCAACAGGAGUUGAAGCACUAGUUGCAUACGAUUGUUCCGGUGCCGUUCUUCUUAUGGGUACUAUCUUGGGUGGACUUAUCACCGGAACUUGUGCCGGUGUUUGGACUUGGAUUACAUGGAAGGACAGAGUGAUCAUGGUGGGGUCCACUGCAAUGUUGAUGGGGAUGGUUUUGGUGGGACUUGCAAUGGUUGUUGUCGAAAGCGCUGUUACAUCUAUUUACAUCUGUUAUGCAGAAGACCCUUCCUUGAUUCGAAGAUGGGAUCCUCAGUUCUUUAACCAAAUGUCAGAGACACUGCACCAGCGCCUUCAACACAGAAGUUCUCGAGCCAGAGAAGUAUUGACUCACAACCAGCUUGACAGCCGCAUGCAAGACACAUUCCAUAUUUGACAACUCGCGUAUAUUAACUGUAAUUCGUACUCUAAAUUACCAUUCCAAAUAUAAAUAACUUUGUUUUAACGGUACGUGCCAAUCUUUUUUUUCC